AAUCCUUUCCUUUCACACUCAUCUCAACCAUCUCUUCCCUCUCACUCACUCGCCCAUGCAUUUCCACAACUAAAACCCAACGCCUUCAUCACCACCAUGGGCAAAGCCUCCAAGUGGUUCCGUACCAUUCUCGCCCUCAAGAAGUCCGACCCCUCCUCCUCCUCCUCCUCCUCCAAAGACAAACGCCGCUGGAGCUUCGUCAAGUCCUACCGCGAAAAACACUAUCACAACAACGCCACUUCCGCCAAACACAAUUCAUUGUACGCUCAGGAGCUUCCGCUUACCGACGCUACUCCGUCUUCGGAGGGCCAGGAUGCUAACAAGCACGCCAUCGCUGUGGCAGCGGCCACCGCAGCCGUUGCUGAGGCUGCGGUCGCGGCGGCUCAGGCGGCCGAGGCCGUCGUCAGGCUCACCAGCAACAGCGGGAGGUGCGGGAACUUCACUUCCUCUUACGUCGGCAGUUGUGGUGGGGCCCUUGAUGAGGUGGCCGCGAUUAAGAUACAAUCGGCGUUUCGUGGAUAUUUGGCAAGAAGAGCUUUGCGAGCAUUAAGAGGAUUAGUAAGGCUUCAGGCACUUGUGAGAGGUCACAUUGAGAGGAAGAGAACUGCAGAGUGGCUUCGACGAAUGCAAGCAUUGCUGCGAGCCCAGGCACGUGCUCGUGCAGGACGUGCUCAAAUAUCUGAAUGUUCACAAUCAAGUGGCAAAUCUUCGAAUUUCCACCAACCGGGUCCUCCGACCCCUGAAAAAUUUGAACAUUCUGUCCGCCCAAAGAAUACAAAACAUGAAGUGUCAUUGGUACUCAAGAGAAGUGGAUCAAAACCAAAUGGUAGGGCCCUCGCUGACUAUGACAAAGCUCAUACAUGUUGGAAUUGGUCAGAUCGCCAGAUCGAUAAUCGAUCAAAAUAUCAAAAGGGAACUUCAAUGAGGGUUGGUGCUACUGAUGAUGAGAAGAGUGACAAAGUCCUUGAAAUAGAUACUGGGAAACCCCACUUUACACCCAAACGUAGAAACCUCUUUCAUUCAUCACAUCUUGCUGUAGCAUCAGAUCAAUAUAGCCAUAGUUUUACCACUUCCAAAGACUCGACAACACACCAGACAGUACCAAGUCAGUCUUCAUGUGAGGUUCAAUCUUUAAGCCCUUUGAAAUUCUCCCAUGAGGUUGAGGAAGGUUCCUUUUGUACUGCCGAAAAUAGCCCACAAUUCUUUUCCGCAUCAUCAAGGGGUGGUAGUUCCAGGAGAAGUCCCUUCACUCCCACGAAGAGUUAUGGCUCGCAAAGCUGUCUAAGUGGUUACUCAGACCAUCCAAACUACAUGGCCUACACUGAAUCUUCAAGGGCGAAGGUCAGGUCUCUUAGUGCUCCUAAACAAAGGCCUCAAUAUGAGAGAUCUAGUUCAGCGAAGAGGUACUCAGUUCAUGGGUUUGGUGAAUCAAAAUUGAAUGUGCAGAGAUUUUCCACAUUGCAUGCAAAUUUCACAAACAAAGCUUACCCAGGAUCCGGUCGCUUAGACAGUCUUGGAAUGCCUGUUGGAUACAGAUACUAAAAUAGUUUUCCAGGAUUCUAGCUUUUCACUUUUAGCAUCUAAUCUGUCUUAACUUUUGUAGUUAGUUUUCUUAUGUAAUCUUUUGUGCCAAAAAUGUAUUGAGUUGUGUAUGUUUUAGGGUAUCUAUGGGAUGAUGUAACUGCGCAACCAAAAUGUAGAUGGCCCAACCAGUACUAUAUUGAAUGAGUGGACUCGUAUUGAAUGUAAAAAAUCAUAUUAUAAA